AUGCAGCGGCAUUGGUUUAUCCUUCUCGCCCUCCUGCCCCUCGUCUCCCUGGCUGGCUCACUGGGCUUCGUGCCGGUGAACCAGCUGCGCCCCGCCCGCCCCAUGCAGUUCGACGAGUCCCUGCACGUCAAAUUCAGGAAGAUCAAGAAGGACAGGGGGUACCAGCAGCACCUCUACGCGUGCCACGACGACAAGGACUGCGGCCCAGGGCUGGUGUGCAGGACGCACACCUACGGAAGGAUAUACCCGCAAUGGAAAGACAAGUUUGGGACGAGCUGGGACAAGGAGACCGCGUUGCUAGGGACACCGCUUUGA